GUUUCCCGAUUAUUUUCCUUUUAAAUCUCAACGUGUCAGCAUCGGGCACAAAGGAAGAACGAUCAUUCAUCAACUGGCCAAAAAAAAUAAAUUAAAUUUAUUUUUUUUAUAUUAAUUUCAACUCAACCAUAGUCUAAGUAAUAAACAGCAUAAUGAAACUAUUUUUGUGCGCGUUAUUUGUAUUGUUUGCCGCGGCGGCGAGCGAAGAAAAUCCCCAAGUACUCGAAGAAGAUGGUGUUUUAGUUUUAACAAAGAAUAACUUUCAAAACGUCAUUGCCGAAAACGAAUUUGUUUUAGUUGAAUUCUAUGCUCCAUGGUGUGGACAUUGCAAAGCCUUAGCUCCAGAAUACGCCAAGGCUGCUCAAAAAUUAGCCGAAGACAAUUCGAAUAUCAAAUUGGGUAAAGUUGAUGCCACCGAAGAGGGUGACUUAGCUGAAGAAUAUGGCGUUCGAGGCUAUCCAACAUUGAAGUUCUUCCGUAAGGGUGUUGCUGUUGAAUACAGUGGUGGACGUCAAUCUGAUGAUAUUAUUACAUGGGUUGUCAAGAAGACCGGACCACCUGCUGUUGAAUUAAACGAUGCUGAACAAGCUGAGAAAUUCUUAAAGGAUAAUGAAAUCGCUGUUGUAGGAUUCUUUGCUGACAAAGAAAGCGAAGAAGCCAAGACCUUCCUCUCUGCUGCCAAUGCUCUCGAUAGCUUUGCCUUUGCCUUCACCACUCAAGCAUCUCUUUUGGCCAAAUACGAAGCCAAGGAAGGUCAAAUCUACCUCUUCAAGCCAUACGAUGACAAGAAGACCUUGUACCAAGGUGAAUCUAACCAAGAAGAUAUCAAGAAAUUCGUUCAAGUCUACUCCCUGCCUUUGAUUGUUGACUUCAACCAUCAAUCUGCAUCGAAAAUCUUUGGAGGAUCUGUCAAAUCCCAUAUGUUGUUCUUCGUCUCCAAGGAGAAGGGUCAUGUUGAGAAAUAUGUCGAACCAUUGAAGGAAAUCGCUGCCAAUUACCGUGAUGAGGUUCUCUUUGUUACCAUUAGCGCCGAUGAGGAAGAUCAUGCUCGUAUCUUUGAAUUCUUCGGUAUGUCCAAGGAUGAAAUUCCAUCAAUUCGUUUGAUUAAAUUGGAAGAAGAUAUGGCCAAAUACAAGCCACCAACCAAUGACUUGAGCCCCGAAGCCGUAAAGAGCUUUGUUGAAGAUUUCAUGGCUGGUAAAUUGAAGCAACAUUUGUUGUCACAAGAAUUGCCAGAAGAUUGGGAUAAGAACCCAGUUAAGGUGCUUGUUGCUAGUAACUUUGAUGAAGUUGCACUUAACCCAGAAAAGGAUGUCCUUGUGGAAUUCUAUGCUCCAUGGUGCGGACAUUGCAAACAAUUGGUUCCAAUCUACGAUCAAUUGGGUGAGAAAUACAAGGAUCAUCCAACCAUUGUCAUUGCCAAGAUCGAUUCCACUGUCAACGAGUUGGAACACACCAAGAUCUCAUCCUUCCCCACACUCAAAUUCUACCGUAAGGGUGAUAACCAAGUGAUUGACUACAACAUGGACAGAUCGUUGGAAGAUUUCAUUAAAUUCUUGGAUAAUGGUGGUGAAGCUCCAGUUUCUGAGGAUGUCGUUGAAGAAGUUUUGGAAGAAUCUGCGGAAGCAAAGAAAGAAAAGGAUGAAUUGUAAAUUCCCCUAAACAUAAUACAAAUACCAGUAGAAAACAGUUUAUGUAGCCACCUUUUACAAAAAUACAAUCCAAUCUUCUGUUCAUUCUAAAAAAAAAAAAAACAAGAAAACAAAAAUCAUAGGAUCCAUAAAUGGAAGUAAACAUAAAAAAAAUUAAUUUGUUUUCUAUUACUUUGAUAUUUUUUUUACUUUAAGAGAAAUAUUUUAGUUAUACUUAAGUUUUUUUUAUAUGAUAUACUAAAGUAAACAUUUAUGUAGUAGGAAGGCUAGGGAAAAUACAAAAAAAAAAUAAUUAAAAAAAAGAGUAAACAAAAUAUUAAACUUCCAUAGUUGAAAAAAAUCUUUAUUUGUAAUAUUAAAAAUUAUUAAAACUAAAAAAAAAAAUAAUAAUAAAACAUACUUUCUGUGAAAAGAACUGAUAAGAAAAAUACAAAAACUAAUAAAGAAAAGAACUUUUUUUUAAAAAAUA